UGUCGCGACACUAUCCACGCAGGGACACAAGUGGCGCGCGCGCGCACACACACCCACCGCAAUGAGAAGGAAUAAAUCUGCUCUGCGUAUACGGAAGACGCCUGAAGGAACUGCAUUUUAUAUGAAUUCGCUUGAGUGUAUCUGAGGAAUCUCCGGACGAGGAUUACAAAAUGAUAUGUAAUUUAAAGCGCCUAUAACGGAUCCUUCUUCAUCUCCUCUCCUUUAUGUCGGGUUUUGCCUCCAGUAUUCAUUGUGCCCAAUGAGAAGAAUUAAGCUAUCCGUCCAUUCAGUUCCACUCAAAAGGAGGGAGGAAAAAAACAGAGGGAGAUGAGAGCAGCAAAUCCCUUUUUUAUUCAUCUUGUAGCGUUCAAUAAGUGAACAAUGUGUCGCCUAUCAGUCACCGAGGGGAUCAGGUCUACGGGACUGUCCCACGCGCUCAGUGCUGUGAGCAGAGCAUCACUAACACAGAGACUGUAAGAGCAGCAGCAGCAGCAGCAGCGGCACUGGCAUCCCAUCCAGGACCCUUUUUGUGACUUCUACACUGAUUUUAUGAAUAAACAUUGACCCACGCUGUCAGUCGCACUGGAAUGUGGAGUGAUAUCAUGCGGGUACUCGCGUUGCUCCUCGCAGUCAAAGCGGCAUGUGUCCUCCUGGUCUCCUCUCUCACUGGCACAGUGGCGGUGAACAACAGCGGCCGGUGGUGGGGUAUUGUGAAUGUGGCAUCCUCAGGCAAUCUCCUCACCAACUCCAAGAAUGUGCAGUUGGCGUUGGACCCCAGCCUGGCGUUGCUAAGUCGUCGUCAGAGAAAACUGAUCCGGCUAAACCCUGGCAUCUUGCACGCCAUUGCUGCAGGCCUGCAUACAGCCAUCAAGGAAUGCAAAUGGCAGUUUCGUAACCGCCGCUGGAACUGUCCGACCACCCACAGCCCCAAUGUCUUUGGCAAAAUUGUCAACCGAGGUUGCCGUGAGACUGCAUUUGUGUUUGCCAUCACAAGUGCUGGUGUUACUCACGCCGUGGCCCGUUCCUGCUCUGAGGGAGCCAUUGAGUCCUGCACCUGCGACUACCGGCGCCGAGGUCCUGGAGGGCCAGACUGGCACUGGGGAGGCUGCAGCGAUAAUGUGGAUUUUGGCAGGAUGUUCGGGCGAGAGUUUGUAGAUUCCAGUGAGAGGGGCAGAGAUCUACGGUAUCUGACCAACCUGCACAACAAUGAGGCAGGGAGAAUGACAGUCGCAUCAGAGAUGCAGCAAGAGUGCAAGUGUCAUGGGAUGUCUGGGUCCUGCACUGUGCGAACGUGCUGGAUGAGACUGCCCAGCUUCCGUGUAGUGGGAGACUACCUGAAGGACCGUUUCGAUGGCGCCUCCCGAGUCAUUUACGCCAACAAAGGAAGCAACCGUGCGUCCCAUCGAGCCGACCCUCGCCACCUGGAACCGGAGAACCCAGCACAUAAGCUCCCUUCGGCUCGGGACCUUGUGUAUUACGAAAAGUCACCCAACUUCUGUUCCUACAAUGGCAAAACAGGCACGCAUGGCACUUCGGGACGCACCUGCAACAGUUCAUCACCGGCGCUGGACGGAUGCGAGUUGCUGUGCUGUGGAAGGGGAUACAAGACUCGAUUGGAGCAGGUCACAGAAAGAUGCCACUGUACUUUCCACUGGUGUUGUCAUGUGAGCUGCCUAAACUGCACCAGUACACAGACUGUCCAUCAAUGUCUAUGAUCAACACACAAUCAAACAAACUGACAAACUGGAGGCAAAGGGUCCCAAACUGGAUAAUGAAAGGGGCUGUUGGGGUAUCUGGAAGACAUAAAUCAAUGAAUAAACAUGUUAAGUUUAAAUACUGAAGAAAAGAGAUAAGAUAGCAAGGUUAAAAGGAACUAAAGAAUCUGUUGGUUGAACAGGCAAGUAUAAUGUAUUAACUACUGAGAAAAGUUCAAAAAUACAUGUGCAGAACUCUUAGCUGAUGGUAGCCCAAAAACACAAUAUUUUGGUGAUGUUACUGCAACAUAGCUUUAAAUCUAAAGAAAUUGGUCGCGAACCGCUAUGCACUACAUGAAAAAGCAUUUUGAAAUUCAGCAUGCUGAAGCACUAGUUCUGAGGUUCUAGUUUGUCUUCUCUUCUCCUGAUCUCCGUCUCUGGUACUCUGGGGAACAUGGAAGCUAGAAAGUAGUAACUGGACACAGUUUGACAGAUGUUCCUGUGGUUAGCGAACCACAAGCAUGCUCUCUCAUAAACCAGUGCAAAACUCUUAACAAGAGGGCGGUUCUUUAAAAUAUUUUAGCGUUUUGUUUUCUUUAGCUGCAGUCCUACUCGUCUCACAUAAAACUGUGUGAAGUGCUUCUCAAGGGAUGGGGCUUCCUUUUCCGAUUACUGUGUAGCGGAAUCCCGAACUCGGCUCAACCUCUUGUGAUUUCCCAUUCGGACCUGCCAAACUUCCCGUCAUUGCUUUGAGUCUCCUGCCAUUUUUUAAUACCAUUUAUUAUCAUGUGGUAUACCAUGUUAUUGUACUGAUGGAAAAGUAUUGGGAAUAGAAAAUUAAGAUUGACCCGAGAUUGACUCGUCGAUUCAGCUAUGACAGAACCGCGUUAUUUCAGAAACUCUUUUGGGAAAGAAGAAAACUUCUGUUGGAAUCUGUCAAAGAGACUACAUCGAUUACGCACAAGUACAUACUAGUUUUAAAAAAGUGUGUAAAGAUAAUCCUGUAAAUGCCCUGCUACCUAGUUUACAGUGGACAAACAGUUCACAUUUUUAAAAGAGCCACAAUUAUGGAAACUGUAUUUUGUAUAUCAGCUAAAAUAACCAAAAUGUUGUAAAUAUUAUAAAUGGAUAUGAUCUAUAUAUUUAUGCUGCAACUUGCAAUGGGAUUUAAUCUGAAAGUAGGGUGAAUACACUAUCAUUAUUUACAAAAUUCCAGCCAGUUGUGUGCUAACUUAUACCGAUGAUCACAAAUGGAUGAUCAAAUUGAGGCCACAUACAUCUCAGAGACAUGAUUACUUUGUCUCUUGACACUUGUGUUUUACAUGCACUGAACACCAUCUUUUAAUAUUGUGAAUGAAAAGUAUUUAUUAUUGUAUGAUGGCUUUUUUUUUAGAAAAGAAAUGCUGAUAAAAUUAAAUAUUUUAGCUCAGUUUAGAAAAGUUGUUUUCAUAUAGAGUAAUAGCACAAUAAAGUUUAUAUUUUCAUUAUUUGUGUUUGCAGAGAACCACUCAUUUCCUAAAAGUGCCCAGAGUUUGUGUUCAAUAACAGGUUUGUCUUUCCAUAUGUUCCAGAGCGUAUUCUCCUCAGCUUCAUUUGUGAUCCAUCAAUCAUUUCUCAGAACCGCAAUCUGUUAUGACAGAGUAUGUCUAAAUCACUUAACCUAAAAUCAACAAUGUGAGUGUGCAAGUAUAUCCGUUCCUCCAAACAUCAUUCCCACCACUAAAAGCACAAGAGCAGCCCUCUUCUUCGAACAGUCAUGCACCCUAAAUCCACAGUAACCGCUGAGGGAAUUUGGGCAGCGGUGUAACACAGCGUUAAAUCGGUGUGUUUUCACAACAGUAGAGGUUUUGCUUCACUUAAUAUCAGAAACAAAAUAAAGAAAUGGUAUUAGAAAUAAUGACAGGCUGCGUUGCCCCCGCCCUGCUGGCGAGGCCAGUGCAACCACAAGAGUUUGGACGAAGGCAGACGAUUCUUUCUCUCACCCACCGCAACAUAACACAGGGCCACUGAAGGUCAGCAGGAUGGAGCGCUGCACAACCGCUGUCGCUCACAACCGCAUCCCAGAAUUCAGAGUGAUCGGAGGAAAAAAAGAGAAAUAGGAUCUGGAAUGCUGACAGGAUGAAACAGAUAACUCACAGAUAAUUGAUAGA